AAACAUAAAACAGAAAAAGAAAAGAAAAGCGUUAGAAUAAGGCUAGCUGUGAACUAAAAGAGAGUAAAGCGAUCCCAAAAUUUGAAAUCAAAAUCAUAACCCAAAUCGUCAACGGAUCGAUCUCAUUGUCGAUUCUUGCUCCUUCCGUUACCCACACCAUGACGAGUCCUCAAUCAGGACGAUUUACAGCUACUCCUACAACAACAAUAACUUCAUCUAGGGUUUCCAGUUUCAAAAGCCCUUUGAGCGAUGAAACCAUAUGGAAGCGUCUUCGUGAAGCAGGAUUUGAUGAAGAAUCCAUUAAACGAAGGGAUAAAGGCUCACUAAUUGCUCAUAUUGCUAAACUUGAAGCUGAGAUUUACAACCUUCAAAACCAAAUGGGGAUUCUAAUCAUCGAGAAAAAAGAGUGGGUUGCCAAUUACGAGCAGAUGAAAUCCACUGCAGAAAUGGCUGAACUGACGCUAAAACGUGAGCAGUCUAUCCAUACGGCUGCUCUAGCUGAAGCAAAGCUAAGGGAAGAAAAACUGAAGAAGGCUCUUGGAAUUGAAAAGGAAUGUGUUUCCAAUAUUGAGAAGGCAUUGCACGAGAUGCGUGCAGAAUGUGCAGAGGCAAAGGUUGCGGCUGAAGUUAAAUUAGUUGAUGCACGGACUAUGAUGGAUGAUGCCAUAAAGAGGAUGACAGAAGCCAAUUCAAAGAUGCAAGCUGCGGAAUCUUUGGAAGCUGAUGCUAGUCGGUCCCGUCGUGCUGCUGAAAGGAAAUUACACGAGGUUGAAGCACGUGAAGAUGAUCUUAGAAGGCAGAUGAAUUCUUUCAAAUCUGAGUGUGAUGCAAAAGAAAAAGAAAUUCUCGUUGAAAGACAAUCUUUGUCUGAAAGGCAAAAAUCUCUUCAACAGUCACAAGAAAGAUUACUUGAUGGUCAAGCUUUGUUAAAUCAACGGGAGGAACACAUUUUAAGCAGAACUCAGGAAAUAAGUCGUGUUGAGAAAGAGCUGCAAGCUUCAAGAUUAGACCUUGAGAACGAGCGUAAAGCCCUUAAAGAUGAAAAAUACAAUUUGGAGUUAAAAGAAGCUGCGUUGGAUGCGAGAGAUGAGGAUAUCACCAAGAAGGAAAACAAUUUAAAAAAGAAGUAUGAAGAGUUGUGUAAGGAACAGGAGGAAAUUGCAAGCAAAGAAUCCGACCGAAUUAAACAAGCGUUGGCUAUUCAUGAAGCAGCUUUGAAAGAAAAAAGUGCUCAGUGUGAUGCGGAGUUGGAAACAAAACUCAAAUUAAUGGAGGACAAGAUCGAGAGCAAGAGGCGGGCUGCUGAGUUAAGGGAAGUUGAGCUGAGUCAGCGUGAGGAUUUUAUUUCAGAAAAAGAACAUGACUUGGAGGUCAAGGCAAGCGCCAUACGUGACAAAGAAAAUGAUCUUUUAGAAAAACUGAAUGCUGUAGAGGAGAAGGAGAAAAAAAUUAUUUUUGUAGAAAAAGAGGUAGAAUUACAGAAAGCUAUAUUGCAAAAAGAAAAAGAAGAGUUAAAUCACAUGAAAAUUGACACCAAUGAGUCAUUGAGAUUAUUGGAUGAAAAACGUCGAGAGAUUUCUCAAGCGGAGGAGAAAGUUGAGGCUAUGAGAAAUGAAACAAACGAAUUAAUGAUCUUGGAAAGCAAAUUAAAAGAAGAAAUUGAUCUAAUAAGAGCUCACAAACAUGAACUUGAAGAUGAAGCAGACCGUUUGAAAGCAGAAAAAGCCGAAUUUGAAGCGGAGUGGGAAACAAUUGACGAAAAACGAGAAGAACUAAGAUUAGAAGCAGAACGUAUUGCAGAGGAGAGAGUUAUAAUUUCAAAGUUUUUAAAAGACGAACGUGAUGCUUUAAAGAAGGAGAAAGCUGUAUUUCGCGAGCAAUAUAAAAAAGAUACUGAAUCACUUUCACGGGAUCGGGAAACCUUCAUGAGAGAAAUUGAACAAGAACGAUCUGAUUGGUUCAGUAAAAUUCAGAAAGAACGCACUGAUUUUGUGUCGGAUAUUGAGUUGCAGAAGAAGGAGAUAGAGAAUUGCAUUGAGAAAAAGCGUGAAGAAAUGGAAUUAUAUUUAAGAGAAAAAGAAAAGGCUUUUGAGCAAGAGAAGAAGAAAGAACUUGAAUAUAUUUCAUCUUUGAAAGAAAUAGCCGCAAAAGAGGCCGAACAGGUUAAAAUCGAGAUGCAAAGACUUGAAGUCGAGAGAAAAGAAAUUAAUCUCGACCAUGAAAGACGUGACAAAGAAUGGGCGGAACUAAAUAACUCCAUACAAGAACUUAAAAUUCAACGCGAAAAAUUAGAAAAACAGCGGCAACUUUUGCACGGUGAUAGAGAAGAAAUUACUAGUCAGAUCGAAGAGUUGAAGAAGUUAGAAGACGUAAAAGCUGUGCCUUAUCGUAUUGCUGCGACUGAGAUUGAAGAACGCAAUCCAAAGCAUAUCAAACACUCAAAAAGACAUGUUGUGAAGAACCGGGUUAGUAAUUUGAACUCGGGUCAUGAUGAAAUGGGUGCCUCUACUAAAAAAGAAACGAGUAAUGGUGGGUCCCCUCCUGUUUCUACUCCUUUCGGCUGGCUUAAAAGAUGUGCUAGUAGCUUGUUGGAACAAACACAUAGCAACAAGAGGAGAAAACAGCAAAAGGAAGCAAACCAAACGGAUGAAACUAUCACCCCUCGUGGUUUAUCUUCACUAUUAAACAAUGUGGAGGAUGAAAAUGGAGCCAGUGUAGUAGGUGGUACCAAGGAGACGACUGUAUACAUAGACAAGAUUAUCACAGUUCGAGAAGUGACAUCUGUUACGACUGAAAAGACUCUGGAGGACAAACAUGAACUCGAACAUAAGGAUAAGUUGGAGAACCAAAAGCUGAAGGGUCUAGUUGAAGGGUGAAGUGGUGUGAUUUGUGAUGCAUAUAUAUAUAAGAUAUAUAUAUUUUAGGGUUUUUUAGGUGCUAAUGUUUUCUCUUCUUGUUUGAUAUUCUAAGGUAGACAGAUAUACCUGUAGGGUUUAGAGGAGGGUUUCUCUUAACCUUGUUUUCGGGUGUUGAUUUCUUUCCCGAAUAGUCGGUCUUAUUAACGACUUAAGGUUUUUGGUUGGGAGUUGUAAAUGGUUUGCUAAGGCUGGCUUAUAUUUGGAUUUUAGCUAUGGUCAGCUGAUCACUGGUGUUGCCUGCUUGUUUAACUAUAUUUUGUGUGAUAUGGAUGACAUUCUUUGGUUUUAAUAUUGUUUUUUUUCUUGUCAA